AUGGCUGACGGCUUCAAGAAAUUCGUCGGUAACGCAUGCUUGUACGGUUUUCUCGAUAAAUACAGAAACGGCACGUUCCUGCGACGGAACGUCAGCAAGAGUCUCAAUCGUCAUCAGAAGUUGUUAGAAUCAGCCACUUCAGACGAGCUUGCCAACGGAAUGCAGAGUGGGGUUGAUGCAGAGUCGUCCUGGAGGUUUCCUAGCAAGGACAUGCUCGAGAAGAUUAGCAAGAAGCAGAAGCCCGUGCUUAAGAUUGAUGUUCAGGGCUUGAGAUGCAAGAGCAAGGCUCAGCCAAAGUCAAAGGCGAACGAUGGCGAGGCCCUUGUGAAGACCGAACUAGUCGACGUUAACAACAACUCGAAAUUGCGAUGCCCAUGCCGAGUGGAGAUCACCAUUUGGGAAAAUGGAGGAGAAAAAUCGAUAAUACGUCGCGAUUUCCGGGAGGCGGUACUGAGAGCCUAUCCGACCGAGUCUGGCGAGACGGUGUUUGGCCUCGAUUUGGACGAGCCAUUCUACGUUGAGGUUUCAAGGUUAUUUGUCACGGUCGACAAGGGUCAGCAUUGGAAGAAGACGGUGACUGCCGAGUACACGCUCGAUAUUAAGAUACACUUCACAGACAUCGAAGACCAGGAUGCCGUCUUUUGCGAGAUGAACAAGUCGUCUAGCGCUUGUACUCACAGUGACAAGUUGACACCGCUUGCUAUCAAGUGGAAGAAGUUGCCGCGUUGUCCCUCCGAGGACGAAGGAUUACAGGUUUAUCGCGCAUUCAGCAAAAAGGAGAAGAUUGCUUUGAACUACGAGUUGGCGGUGGAUAUGGCUUGGAAGACGAGCAAAGACACGCCACUGACAGUAUACAACCGUGCUUUGCGGACUUUCAGAAUACGGCAGCUGCCUUCGCCCAUCUCAGAGCCUCCGAGUCAACCCAAACAGUUUUCUCAAGUUACAUACAUUUUCAGAGAUGAAUGUCUCUCGAAGACCAGGGUAUUGAUGCGCGAUGACUUUUUCUGCUUUGUCUGCACGCAGAAACACUUCGAAACGUUCGAGGAACUUCACUUCCAUCUAAAAAGCCAUCAUCAUUACUUCACCUUCUUUGUCGAGAAGGAGGAGAAGAAGGAGCCAGAUGCUGUUGUUCUUCUUGCCAAGAUUGAAGUAGAAGUAUCUGAUCAACCCGAAAAUGAUCGCCCCAGCAGAAACGGGCUCAGUGAGCGCGACAUCGACUGGGUCGCUCCAGAAAAGCCUUUCGAUAUGGGUAAAUAUCUGGGUGGAGAUAACUCAUGGGUUGCGCCAACCACCAAAAGCAAGCGAAGGGUCCCGGUCAAUAGGUCAGAAUCAGCUCCUGUGCCAGCACCGACAUUGAGGCUCAAACGCCGGAGACCUGAGGAAGUCGCCGAACUACAGCCCGGAAAACGAAAGCGAUUUAAGGUGCCCCAAGCGCCCGAAGGCGUACGUUUUUUCAGGAGGAUAUCGAAGCGGCCACUCGAGGAGAAGGAAUGGCUGAGCGAGAGCGACGAUAACAUCGAUGAGGGUUGGCUCAAGCUUAGAAGGAACCGGAUCAUCAGCGAUUCGAAUUGCGCAGAGAAGAAGAAGGCAUUCACCAUGAGGCUAGACAACUACGUUCAAGAUGAGGGACUUUCCGGAGAUGCUUAUGCUGGAGAUACGCUGGUGCGCUUUGUGCGUGCACAUCGUCAAUGGCUCAAAACAUCAGGCAUGUCCGAAGAGCUGCACAUAAAAGCGAACGAGCUUUUCGAUGAUGGGAUUAUCAGCGACAAGGUUCGCGCAUGGUGCGGUAGCUUUAGCGCAGAGCCACCGAAUGGGGGCCCCACGACUGUCCACGACCGCACAAUCCCAAGAUCAUCCUACACCUCGAAAUCGCCUUGCCCGCACGAAAGCAAUCGGAGUUUAGAGCUAACCCCAUCGAGAAAGAGGAAGUGGGUCCCUGGCGGCCCUGGAGGAGGCGGUAGAUUCCUAGAGGUAGAUACGGAAGAGGAUGGAACCAAGUCACGGUCACCCAGAACUCCAAAAGCCAAGACUCAUCGACAGCACGUCUCAAAAGUCCCCGACGGAGACACUCCUAUGCAGCAUGAGACGCCUCAGCAGGCAGGUCAGCGUGAAUCUGAAUUACAGGAGCUGGACGCACUCGAACCGCUCCAGCUUGACCAUUGUACUUGUGGCCACGCAGUCGAAAACAUGCGCACUGCUGCCAGCUGCGCGAAUCCGGUGAGUUACACGUGUUCAGUUGGUUGA